AUGUCGGCGGCUCAUGAUCCAGGCAAGGGUGUGACUGAGGCAGAUGCCCACGACGAUGAGCACGCGGCCCCGCUGCAGACCUUCUCCAAUAGGUUUGCUGCAGACAUGAGCCAGCCGCAGGCGAAGCGUGGCCGCCCGCGCAAGUACGUCGACCCAAGCGUUGCCAUGCCGAUGCCGCUGGCUAUCGUGCCGGCACGACAUCCAACUGAUGACGUCCUGCGGCCACCAGUGAUGCCGCUGCCGGUGCCGCCACCUCCACCACCACCCGUCAAGAAGAGGAAGGUCCAGGUGCGGAGGUCCACGGCUACCAAGAAGACGACGGCAGUGUUAUCAGGUGUCGUUGGAAUGAAUCAUGAGGUUAUCACAGCCGAAGUUGGAGAGGGUUAUUUUGAGAUGCUCUCCUUGUCCGGCUCGUAUGAACCAUCAGAGACUGAUGGAAUGAGCUGCGGCACAGGUGGACUCACUGUUUCACUUGCUAGUGUGGAUGGCCGUAUUUUUGGUGGCCGAGUGGCAGGACCUUUGACCGCAGCUUCGCCUGUUCAGGUGGUCGUUGGAAGGUUUCAAGUGGAUGAGAACAAGAAGCUCCACCAGGCUGCCACCGGUGGCGUUCCAGGUGCUAGCAGCUCUACACCGAGAGGUGCUCUGAAUGGGUCCUCUGGAAGUGCACAAAAUUAG